AUGUGCUAUGAUGCUAAAUGCAUGAUGGACAACCCUAGUAUUAAAUACAAAUCUUACCAUUCAGGUGAUCUCAUCAUUGGUGGCAUUAUUUCUCUGAUCUACAUGAUGUCUAAUCUAGUCACCUUUAAAAGACUUCCAUCUGAAGAACUUCUUGAUGAUCCCAUUUUAUUACAACAGAACUUCUUGCAUAUCUUGUCCUUGAUCUUUGCUGUAAAGGAGAUCAAUGAAAAUCCUCAGAUCUUGCCCAACAUCACUCUGGGCUUUGGGAUAUCCAAUAGCUAUUUCAUGGCAACCUGGACCUACCUGGCUUCUAUGGAGCUUCUUUCUUCACAUGACAGAUUUGUUCCUAACUAUAAAUGUACCAUCCAUCAAAACUCAGUUUGUGUUAUUGCUGGACCCAACUCUCAUAACUCUCAGGUUAUGGCUGACAUUCUGAGCAUUUACAAGAUUCCACAGUUCAUAUAUGGCUCUGCUCCAGUCAUGGAUAACUUGAUUCAUACAGCUUUCAUCUACCAGAUGUUUCCAAAUGAACAUCUUCAAAUUACAGGGAUUCUUCAGUUGCUGCUUUAUUUUAAGUGGAUCUGGAUUGGGAUAAUUUUUCAAGAAAAUGAGAUUGGUGAAAGAUUUCUGAGGGAAGUGCUUCUCAGGUUUUCCCAAAAUGGAAUCUGCUUUGAUUAUAUUAAGGAAUUUCCAACAAUAGCUUUUUCCAAUGAGAUGGGAGAACAAAUCAACAAUUUUGUCAAAGUAUGCAAAGUCAUUAUGAGAAGCACGUCCAGUGUUGUGAUUGUAUAUUGUGAGAACCAAGUCAUGGCUCUUUUCAGGAUGAUCUCUGUUUCAGAAUAUUGGGAAGCCACAGUUGAGAGGAAAGACAAGUCCAUUUUAAGCCCAAAGUCAGAGAAAAGAUGCACUGGGGAAGAGAAGCUAGAGACUCUUCCAGACUCUGUUUUUGAAUUGAGUAUGACUGGGCAAAGCUACAGCAUCUACAAUGCAGUCUAUGCUGUGGCACAUGGUGUACAAGCUUUCCUUACAUACCAUUCCAAACACAGAUCAGCAGCUGAUAGUGGGAAACAAAAGCUUUUCAGUCAUCAUGUAUGGAAGCUUCAUCGCUACCUGAAAAAGGUCUCAUUUAACAACAGUUGUGGAGAAAACAUUUUCUUUGACCAGAAUGGCAAGGUUGCAUUUGGGUUUGAUAUCAUCAACUGGACACAACCUCUUUCUUUAUGCAAUGAUCAUUGCUCCUUGGGGUUCAGCAAGAUCAAAAUAGAAGGGAAGCCAUUUUGCUGUUACAAAUGCCUUCGUUGCCCAGAAGGGAAAAUUGCCAACCAGACAGAUUUAGAUGACUGUUUCUCAUGUCCCAAAGAACACUACCCUAACAUGGACCAAACUCUGUGUAUUAAUAAACACACAGUCUUUUUAUCUUACAAAGAACCCUUGGGAAUCACCUUGACAAGUGUUGCUUUCUUCUUUUCUUUCAUCUCAGCUGUGGUGCUGGGGAUCUUCAUUAAACACCAAGACACACCCAUUGUCAAAGCUAACAACAGGAACCUCACCUACGUUCUUCUCAUUGCUCUUCUGUUUUCAUUCCUUUGUGUUUUGCUCUUCAUUGGGCAACCCGAUCAAGUAAAAUGCUUUAUGCGACAAACUGCUUUUGGCAUCAUCUUCUCCAUCGCCCUUUCUUGCAUAUUGGGGAAAACCACAAUAGUUGUUCUUGCUUUCAUGGCCACCAAGCCAGGUUCCAAAAUGAGGAAAUGGGUGGGGAAAAGGCUGGCUAAUGUUAUUGUCCUAUCUUGCUCCACAGUGCAAAUCACCAUUUGUAGUAUAUGGCUGGCAACUUCUCCCCCAUUCCCAGAUUCAGACAUGAACUCAAUGCCUGAUGAAAUUCUCCUGGAAUGCAAUGAAGGUUCAGCCAUCAUGUUUUACAUUGUCCUUGGCUAUAUGGGGUUCUUGACUGCUAUCAGCUUCAUGGUAGCCUUCCUAGCCAGGAAGUUACCAGAUAGCUUUAACGAAGCCAAAUUUAUCACCUUCAGCAUGUUUGUCUUUUGUAGCGUCUGGCUAUUGUUUGUUCCUACCUAUCUGAGCACUAAGGGGAAAUACAUGGUAGCUGUGGAGAUCUUCUCUAUUUUAGCUUCUGCAGCUGGAUUACUGGGCUGCAUCUUUUCUCCUAAGUGCUUCAUUAUUGUUCUGAGGCCUGAUUUGAACAGAAAGCAACUACUUGUAAAAAAACCAAAGUAA